CCUUGACAGGUUUGCCUCUAGAAUUUUAAGGUUUAAUCUAUACAUUUCCAACACAACAAAUCGACUCGAUGGUCACUUAUGCUUUCAUGACAGAAACCUCAACAGAUCCACAACACCCGCAGUCGUCAAUAUUAACUGUCCUGUACAAGGGCAAUACGUCAUAUAUUAUAUGAAGAGACCACACAACUCAGAUUUUGCAAGCCAGUUUUCUGAUGAUGAAUUCAAUGCUUUUUGCAAAGUGGAAGUCUUUGGUUGCAAAACCCUAAAUUUCUAUGGAACAAACUGUUCACUUCCCUGUUCCAGCAAUUGUAUUCAUUCUAGAUGUCACAUCGAAACAGGAGCCUGUCAUGAAUGUAAACCGAGAUUUUCUGGACAUCAUUGUAAACUGGAGAAGGAAAAUGUUGACGAAAAAUAUCUUUGGCUUUAUAUUGUUGUCGGAAUCCUAAUCACCUGUGUAGUUGCUAUUGUGCAUCUAAUACCCUACGUAAGGUAACAAUAUUUUAACAAAAAUUAUAUCUUUGAACUUUUCGAUUAUGUAUUGCACUUGCAGCUUUAAUUUCAAUUUUAGUGGAUUUCUUUUUUUUUUCUUUUUUUCUUUUUUGUAGAAACGACUGUGAUACGAGAAAAACAAUGCAAGCAAUGUGGUGUAUUUUUAGAAAUGAUGAAGUACAAGAAUAAAAACUACGGUUCAAUGAAUACAACGAAGAUGGAAUUCUUAUAAACGUGUCCAAAAUUUUCAAUCGUGUUCAUCACUGCGCAAUGUCACUUUUUGUAAAGCUAUAUUCUUCUUUUUUCUCCAUUAAUAUUUCAUUUUUUAUAAGCAUCAUAUAAUAGGUAACUCAUAUGAGGUUUUAUAUUUUAGUAUAAUAUACUCUGGCAAGAAAUUUUGGACUUGUGUAUUUGUUUUGCU